CACGUUACGUAGCAACUUAUAAUUAAUUAAAUGUAAUUAAAAUUAUUUAUGUUUAUAAUAAAACUUCGAAGGCAUAAAAUAAUAUGCCACACCCUGUUCUUGGGGAAAUUUUAGUGAGAAAAUGAGGGUGAUGGGAAAAAGUGAAAUCAUAAAGACAUCUCUCUCAUGCUUCACAAUGAAAUUUGGGCUGAUCUUGCGAACUGGUUCCCUGCAAUUUAUUUAUAUUUGCCCAUCGAUGGGCCAUACGCCUUUUUUUCUCGUUUGAUUUCACCUCAUUCGCGCGAAUUUCAACCACAAUUUACUGCAUUGCUGGCAUCGUACGGAUGUUGUUGAGAUGAAGAUGCAGGCGAUGCUCAAAGGCUGCAAUUUUCGGCAUUAAUCACGUUGAUCUUGAUCGCCCCACGGUGUGGCACACUGACUGAGUGGAGGGAGCUGCAAGUUCAGCACUUUCCCCUUGCCAUUGACAAACAACAACGGCUAAUUUGUGUUUUUUUUUUGGUAGCAAAAUAUCUUGCGAGGUAUUACGGUGGGGAAUCCACAAGAAAUCCAUGUACUGCGAUCUUAGCAUAGCCAUGCCUUCCUCAUUACCUCACUUGCGCCCAAGCAUUGCAGUCUGGCGGUCUUUCGCUCUUUUCCCGCGUAUUUUGUUUAGUCCAUUAACGUUUUUUUUUUAACUUCAAUUGUAUGUUGUGAAGAAGGCAAAAAACAACAUAACUUGGUGAUUACUGCACUUUUUGCUGUGUGCGAUCUUCUCCUUCUCACUUUGCACUUUUGCUUGAGAAUUUGUGCCACUUGGACAGGGUCACGGAUUUUUUAUAAAAAAAAAUUCUCUGUUAAACACAUCAGAAGGUGUGCAUGAGAAGGACGUGAAGACAAUAAACUGAGAAGAAGCUCCAUUCUGUGUUCAGCUGUAGAUCCAACGGAUACGGGAUCUUUGGUAUUAUAUAGUGAAAGUGCUUCAUUGGUGUGCGAUUAAAGGGACACAAUGGCAAUGCUUAUUAAUCAAACUCAGACGUUGGUUAGUGAUAUUUACGAUUACUACCUCUGGACACUUACGCUGUCCGACAUCAGGACCAAAGGAUGGCUCCUGGUGGACUCUCCACUUCCAACACUUGUCUACACACUCAUGUACUUGCUGAUUGUUUGGGCUGGCCCCAGAUUGAUGAAGAAUCGAUCACCGUACAAACUAACAGGCCUCAUGGUACCCUACAACUUAGCCAUGGCCUUCCUCAAUGGUUACAUCUGUGUCCAACUCUUCACAGCCGCAACACGACUCAAGUAUAGCUACGUCUGCCAACCUUGUCGAGCGAAUCAGAAUCCUGACGAAAUCCAGAUCGCCAAAGCCGUAUGGUGGUACUACUUUUCGAAACUUUUGGAAUUCUGUGACACUUUCUUCUUCAUCUUGCGCAAGAAGAACAACCAGCUGACUUUUCUGCACGUCUACCACCAUAGUACGAUGUUCACCCUCUGGUGGAUUGGAGUCAAGUGGGUGCCAAGUGGCUCUACCUUUCUUCCGGCGAUGGUUAACUCCUUCAUACAUGUACUCAUGUAUUCGUACUACGGGCUAUCUGCCAUGGGACCGGCGGUGACCAAAUAUCUGUGGUGGAAGAAAUAUCUCACGAUCUUGCAAUUGAUUCAAUUCACCACGGCUCUCGUGAUGGGGAUCAAUGGAAUCAGAACAGGAUGUGACUUCCCCCUUUGGAUGCACUACGCCCUCGUGAUCUACAUGACGUCCUUCAUUAUUCUCUUUGGGAACUUCUACAUCAAGGCAUACGUUGCGGAGGUCAAGAGACGAACUCCCAAGCGAGAAAUUAACGGAAAUGCCCUCAGCAAUGGAUACCACGCCAAAAUUCACUAAGCAAUCACCGAAGAAAUCCGAAUUACUCUUAAAUUCUGGGAACAUUUACAAACCAACCAUUAAUAUCUAUACUAUACUCCCCUUACCCUCGCCCCAUUUUUUCUGCAGCAUUUUUCCCCCCAAGACGACCCUCCUUCCAUACAUGUAAUGUAUGUAUAUGACUCUAGGAGACCUACACGAUACCUCCUGGAGGGGUUUCAAUAUGGCAUAGCUUCUAAGGAUGAUAAAUCUAGGAAUAAAUUGAUACCAAUUGCAACAAAA